AUGCCAUCAGCUCUCAAUUUUGAGCUUAUCGCACGCUGUUCGACUACCAAAGCACGAGCAUCUAUCUUGCGGCUUCCCCACGGCCCGGUGGAAACCCCGUUGUUCAUGCCCGUCGCGACUCAAGGGACCCUGAAGGGAUUAACCCCGGAGCAGUUGGAGAGCGUGGGGUGUAGGUUGUGCUUGAAUAAUACAUAUCAUUUGGGACUUAGGCCCGGACAGACGGCUCUGGAUCGGAUUGGGGGUGCGCAUAAGUUGCAGUCUUGGAGUCACAAUAUCCUGACGGGUGAGUUUCUAUUCCAAAUGGUUUCCUUACUGCAAUUAGCUACCGUUGCGGAACAGGGCGUCGAGUUCCUGUCCCCGCAUGACGGGACUCCGAUGCUGCUUACCCCCGAACAUUCCAUUUCCCUGCAGCACUCGAUCGGAUCGGAUAUAAUCAUGCAGCUGGACGAUGUCAUCGUUACCACCUCUCCGGACGAGCAGCGGAUGAGGGAGGCUAUGGAUCGGUCAAUACGGUGGCUGGAUAGGUGUUCAAGGGGGAUAGCUAUGCGAAGAGGCAGAACUUGUUCUGCAUAA